UAGGCGCACCAGCUCCAAAAAAAAACACAUUGUAGUCACAACCAAUUUAAUUUAGCCAAGAAACAAAUCAUGGAUUCACAAAGAUACGAUGAGCUCCAUGGAAGCAACAAUUGGGAUGGUCUUCUUGACCCUUUCGACCUCGACCUACGCAAUCUUCUUAUUGGCUAUGGUGACCUCUCAUCGGCCGCAGAACGAGCGUUUAAUAAUGAUGAAGGCUCUCUCUACGCCGGUUACAGCUGCUACGGCAAGAGUUCGUUUUUCAAAGGAGUCAUGCUCCCUUGGGCUGAUUCUAAGUACCAAGUGACUUCCUUCAUCUAUGCCACGGCUCGUGUCGACUCUAUUCUUCCUUUACUUUUCCCUAGCAUUUCUCGUGAAGGAAGCGAAUUCGAAUCCAAUUGGAUGGGGUAUGUUGCUGUUUCUAGUGAUGAGUACAGUGAGUUCAUUGGUCGCCGCGAAAUAUGUGUGGUGUGGCGUGGGACAGUUACGACAUACGAGUGGAUAGACGACAUAGCGGGUGCCGAGCCUGUAUCAGCCGAACCUCUACUCCCUAGUGCUAACUCUACAGAUCCAGAUACACCAAAAGUCAUGGGAGGUUGGCUAACAAUCUACAACACAAGUGACCCGAACUCUGAAUUCAUUCCAUCAAGUGCCCGAACACAGCUCUUGGAACGCAUCAAAGAAUUACUGGGCAAGUACAAAAACGAAAAAGUAAGCAUAACAUGCACCGGACACAGCCUUGGUGCAUGCUUAGCGGUUCUAUCCGCCUUUGACAUCGCUAGGAAUGUUGUGACACCCGAUAUCAAUGUAUCUGCUUUCAUUUUCGCUUGUCCUCAAGUCGGGAAUCAAUCGUUUAAAGAAAAGACGGAGGAACUACCUAACCUUAAGAUACUCAGGGUAAAGAAUGACCCGGAUAUCAUCCCAUUUUGGCCAAGCAAGAUAAUAAAAUGGGUCAGUGAGAACAUUUGGGAGAGUGUGCCAAGUGAAUUGCUGGAGUAUGUUGAUGUUGGGGUGGAGUUAUGGAUCAACAGCAAGAACUCACCAUACUUGAAAGAGGAAAGUAAGUUAAAUGGCAUGCUUCAUCCAUUGGUUUAUCAUAACUUGCAGGGCAUGUUGCAUACUUUGAGUGGUUGGAAUGGGAAGAAUGGUGAUUUUGAUUGGGGUUUGGUGAAGAGGAGUUUAGGGUGGGUGAACAUGUCAAAUGAUCUUUUGAAGAAAGAGUUCAAAGUACCUGUGAGUUGGUGGGCUGAGAAGAACAAAGCAAUGGUGCUUAAUGACCAUGGUGAUUGGGUUUUAGCACCUUUAGAUCGUCAUGACCAUGACUUACCUAUGUAACUUCAAUGGCGAGGACAAUGGUCGGGUUGAAACAGCAGUCACGAGACCUGUUUGUAAAGUAAUUUCUACUAAAUAAACAAUGUCUUUGCUAUACGAGCAGAGAUGUGCGUGUGUUUUAGUAAACCAAAAUAAUAAACGUAUUGAAUAUUGUGGGUUGUGAUAGUUUUUUAUUGUAUGGUAUUUCAAUUCGACUGUGAUAUGUUUUAUAAGUGUAAUCAACUAUCGGUGUGUAUUU